AUGACUGAUUUACCAAAUGAUUUAAACAAAUUUUUCUCAAUUUUAUUUUCAAAAAAUCAGAUUGAUAUCACUUCAAUUAUCCCAUUGGAUUUAUUCUCGUUCUUUUAUGAAAAAGAUAUGGCGCGCUUUCGAAUUUUACGCCUACUGAAAGUCAUUGAUAUCUUAGAUUCAGCCAGCGCAAACAAAGUGAAUUAUCGCAAAAUAAUGGACGCCACAUUGUCAUCUAUGCAGCAUUUACACGCUCCAGAACACGUUGUCAAUAAAGUUCGCAGUUGGUUUAUGUAUAACUGGGAUCAACAGAAAACAUUUGAUGAAAACUCACUAUUCGAGUCAUUGCCAAUCAAGCUCAAAAGUGACCUGGCCAUCAGCGUACACUUUCAUACGUUGAGUAAGGUUUCUCUAUUUCAGAACUGUGAACGAGCUCUCAUCUACGAUAUGAUAUUAAAACUGAAACCCGUGGUAUUUCUUCCUAUGGAUUAUAUUUGUCGAAAGGGUGAAGUAGGCAAAGAAAUGUAUAUUGUUAAAAGUGGUAUGGUCGAAGUUGUUGGUGGGCCAAAUAAUUCAAUCGUAUUUGUUACACUUAAAGAAGCUUUAUCUGGGAAGAACAGAAGAACAGCUGAUGUUAGAUCGAAAGGUUUUUCAACACUGUUCAGUUUAUCAAAACAAGAUUUUGAAGAAAUUAUGAAAAAUUAUCCACAAGCACAUGAACUAUUGAAGAAACGAUCACAACGAAUGCUGAAUAGAGACAAGAAAAAGGCGAAAGAUGAAGCCAAGAAGGAGGAGAAGAAGAAAAAGAAAAUGGAAAAAGAAACCAGUAUUGAAUUCAAGGAUGAUGUAGCUAUCGAAGUCAUUCCUGAAAGACCUGCCACCCCUAAGCUAGUCGAGACAGUUGUGAAGACACUUGAAAGGAAGCCUGCUGGUGAAUCUGGAAUCAGGCGUAGAUCAAGUUAUUUUAUCACACCUAAACCGAAUAUUGGGAAAGUGAAGUCAUCUAAUGCAAGUGAUAAGGAAGAUGAACCAUCUCGAACCAUUUCUGAGGUGUCUGGACCAGAGACAAAAAACCCAGUAGAAGUUGAAACCACAAUUAAGGAACCACAGAAUCAACAUACAAUGAAUGUGACUUCAAGUCAAAACAUCAAUGCUGAAGUGGAGGAAAAUAAUCAUGAUGACGUUUUUGACGAUGACAACGAAGAUUUUGAUCAAAUUGCCGCUGAAGAAACAUUGGCUCAAGAAUGGAUUGAUCUAUUGACAGUUGAUCGAAAUCCUAUUAAAAGAAUCACAAGUUACUUUCCACGUGUAUGCUAA